UGUACGGCGCUAAAACAGUAAACUAGGCCACGGACUCUGGAUCGUGAUAACAGUGCUAAGCGAUGCCCGUAAGCCGGUAUAAACUUUUUGGCGCCCAAAAUUUCGCAUGCUGGCAAAUGGAUUUGUGUUUUGCUUAACUGCUACAAAAAACGACUUGGCUUUCUAUGGCCAGUGCGAAUGUCUUAUUAUAGUACUUUAAAAUGUUAUUGUGGCACUUUUUAGUGUUUGCAUAGCACAGUAAAUCGGUAUUGUAGUACAGUCCUCAUGUAGAACAUACCCCAUUGGAGUUACGUGUGGUACUCGUUGCCAAAUCAACUUGGUUCGACUUGUGAAUGCUGAUGACUGCGGCGUCAUUCACGAAGUUCCCACCCACAAUGGAAAUCACAGCAUCGCGAAGAAUAUUAAAACUAAACUUUCGAAAAAAGGCAAAUAAAGUGCCGAGAAAAAAUAAAUCACUUCUAGAGCACCUAUACCAUCUAGCCAAACAUGAUAGACUACCAGAUCGGAAAAUUUCUUCGACAAUUCACAGUGACCUUAACGAUAUCAUUGAGUUCAGAUCUCAGAAGGAAGCAGACAACUUCCCUGAACGCCGUCGAUACAACUGUUUUCGUCGUAGUCAACGUAAACUCCCAUUAGUUAGGAAUAUUUCUGACGAUGUAUUCAAUCGGCUGAAAGAGUCAAUUCAGCAAAAAAGUGAGGAUGAGACCCUGCAGGAAUAUCUCGCUGUAAGCAAAAAGCUUCGCAAAAUUCCCGACGAGAUUCAUGAAAGUACGGCUCGAGACCUAAAUGAUGAGAACGAGUGGCCAGACCUUGACGAUGACUACGAAAGUUCGUCAGAAGACGAAGCGUCCGUUGUCUCUGAAACCACGCUGGAUCAGGACGAUACUGUGGAUUCCGAGUCGACGUCUGAUGUUGACGACAAAGAUUUUACUCUCAUAGAGGAUGCAGAUAAGGCAGUAAAUUUGACUGAGUGUGUUCUUUUACCUGAAAGUAAUAGUAUCCCAUUUGAGAUCCGCUCCCGCACGCGGCGACGUAAUAUGGGUAUUAUUUCGGAAAACGUUCUUACAGAACAUAGGUCUCAUGACCAAGAUUCCCUCUGCAAUGCCCUGAAAAAUUCCUGUUGUGUAGUCCUUCAGCGACUAAAUGAUAGCGAUAUAUCUUGCUGCAAGCCCUCCGUAGACGACCUCGCCAACAUACCUUCGGCUUUCGAUCCACCAAGUUGUUCAAGUUCUAUUUCGCAAUCAUCACUUAAUAAUGACGAUAUGCGGACCCAACUGGAACUUGGCGAAACUGCGAAAACAAUUGACCACACGACCGAGACUCACGUUUUCGCAGAUCUGGCCGAUGAGAACACAUUUUUUAAUGUCGCUCAAGGAAAGCCAACCAUACAAGCGCCUUCGAGUGAACCCCAAACUCCAAAGAGUAAUAAGAAGACAGCCCCAAAUAAAUUGGGCACUUUAACACUUGCCUCUUUGAGUCGGCUGUCGACGCUAGCAUCUCCAGGCAACACUACUGAAACGCCAAGCCAGAAACGACUUCGCGAAUUAGGAAUAUUAUCAAAGCUGAGGCGAAAAAUUGAGUCUCCUUCGUCAACGUCACAUAGAUCGACAUACUCGGAUAGUAAAUGCGCCAAGAGGAACAAUCUAAGCAACAACGAAACCUACAACAGCAACACAAUCAUCAAACGUUUUGCUACAAUUGAUAUAGCGUCAACACCGAAAAAACGCAGUCGCCAUUCAACCAGUAGCAAACAACUUGAAAGAACGGUUCAGGUUUUCGCUACACCAUCGCGACCUUUCCGGACUCUGGAGGAUGCCAUGGCUCCAACUAUUGACCUAACACAUCUCAUUGAAAUUCGUAGCGUACCACGCCGCGACUUCACGUAUAUUUAACUUAUCUGUUGGCUAAAUAGACGACGUGGUAUCAGCAAUAAAAUCUUACUUACUUACUUGAGCUUUACUGGAAAAUGUUACUAAGACCGUCGUUCGUACUGCUUCAUUCACAUGAAUAUUUUUUUGAAAGAUUUUACAAUGCAAAAUAUGAGUAAAUAGAUUAUGCAUAUUGUGGAUUUUUGUUCAUAGCAAAAUAUCGCAUAAAAAUGCUUAAGAAGCUAAUUCGAUAAUGCAGUAUUAUGCUUGACUAAAAUAUUUAGCUGCCCUUGCCCGGUAUUGUACUGCUUGGAAGCUGAAGUCGUAAAAAAUGCCGGUUCAGUAAGAUAAAAGCCAAUCAGGAACAUACAUUAUUAGAGGCCAGUGCAAAAUAACCAAGUGACAUGGGCAUAAUCAAUGCCGUACUAUAAUAAUGGGGUGCAUUCACUUACUACUACAUAUUAAUGUAAAUGAAUAUUUUGUACAUAGUAAUAUGAAUAGGUGUUUUAUUGGUGUGAAGGGAUGUACGGUAUUAGCACAUUGUUCCUGACCAUCUCCUUGUAGUAGUGAACUUCAUACACAAAUUAUAUGCGUUUUUUUCUCUAAGGCAUCAGUUCUCAUGUUUUUAUAUCUUGGUAACCAACGAAACUUCAAAUUCGCUAGUUAGAUUUCAGCAAAUUAACCAACUUAGCGAAGUGAUGCAUAUCACACAUGACAUGACUUUAAUUCAGAUCGGCAGGGAUCAGCAUCAUAAUGAAACGUGCUUGUAGUGUGAAGCGCUUAAAAGUCAGCGGGCAUGAAAAUAAAAGGAUUCAACCCUUAACGGCAUAUAUGGCGUCUACUACAACAGUCAAAAAAAUUAUUCGUCUAAAUGUGAGUCGAACGGUCCCCGCCAUGAAUCAUGUAACUUCCAAAUCCGACAAUCUUGAGCAAAGUUACAAUUUAUGUCGAUAAAAAUUUUGUAGCUAAUAAGUUAUUCAGAAAGCAUUUAAAUUUAAACCCGAUAUAAUUUCCGAAACGUCCACGGGUAAUUCGGGCAGAUUAAUGGUAAUGAUUGCUUUUUACGUAGCCCGGCUAUAAACAAAUAGCUUGGUAAAUAGCGCUUUAAAAACGGCGGGCCUAUAAACGCAAAAGAAUUUACCAAACAAAAUGCUAAAAAGUACACCUUGAGGACUAAAAUUAUGGUCGAUAGGAAGAUGUGCAAAACGAUUAAUCGCAAAAAAAAUUACCAGAAAUAGAUUAGGCAAAAAAAUAGCAUCGAACAAGAGGGAAGGCGGCUUUGGUGAUACUCUUGGGGCCAAUGAGUAUCAAGCAAAUGAGCAACACUACCAUAGCUGCCAGAAUCUUGAAUUCCUGAAUAAUUUUAUAAAUGUGUAAGGUUGUAUUCGACAGUACAGUGUAGUUACUUGAUAACAACGCACGACCUCACCGCCACGCUUCAACCAUGGCCUGGAUCGAGAAAGAUAGCAUCGAGCAGCGGCUUCAGUUCCCGUAUUCUCACCAUCUGUGUCAUACAUUAGUUUUUAUACUUUGAAUAAAACGAUGGAUGACAUAACGUAUCAUUCCGUCGUUGAUUUCAAACAGGCCAUUAAUAUAGGGAUUAGAUUAGGUUAGUAAUGCAGUUACUAGUACACAGCUGUUACGAUGUUCCCAGAGCGCCAGCGUGCGUCCAUAAAGCAUCAAAAAGAGUACAUCUGAAAUUUAUUAAAAUAUCAUUGUUUUACCUUACAUUGUUUUUCGACCCGUUAAAUGGCUCUAGCCAACUUAGUGAUUUGAUUUUAAUCCCACAUUCCUUUGCUCUGUCUAAGGUAACUGCACUGAUUUGUAUACAUAUUUUAUUGCGAGAUCUAUUAAACAUUCUGAGAUUAAAGCCGUAGGCGUCAUAGCCGUUAACACAUAACCAUGUCGUAAAUAAAACUGACAGCAUUUGAAAGUCUAUUGUGAAAUUUGUAAUUGCUAAAUGUACAGUAAUUCAAGGCUUUUUCAGAAUCUACUGGAUGAUU